CAACAAAAUCCAUAGUUUCUUACGCACCGUGUGACAGACAGACAGCGAAGAAACUUCCAACCGAAGAUAUACACCAAUCCUAUCCCUCCCUUCCUCACUCUCUCUGUAAUUUGCGAGCCAGUGACCGAAAAGAAAAACGUCUGGUCUAGUGAGAGAAAAAAACGUAUGCUUUAGUGAGUGAAAGUGGGCCCCUUCAGAUCCCAAGAACGCCCUUCUCCUUAAAUAAUACGGACUCGUAAUCUGCUGAAAAUCUAUGCCAUUUUCCUGCACCACCGCAGCGACAAUCCCAUACCCACACUCCCUCUCUGAGUGUGGAUAUUUCAGCAGCUGAGCUUCUUCCCGAUCUGCAGUGGGAUUUUCCAGUUCCUGCUGGGGGCUCAAGUCUGGGUCAGGACCAAUUUCUCAAAUUCCUCCAUUUUCUUCUUUCCUGGGAUAUACUUAGUUUUUUGAGUGUUUGAGCCACUAUGUGUUCAUGUGUAAAGAUCAGCUUGAUAUGUGCAUUCUUGAGCAGAGACAGAUUCUCUUCCCUCUAGCUUUGUUUGUAGGGGGGAUUUUCGUUCUCUUUUUGUUUUUGCCUUUUGCUCUCCUUCCCCUUUUCUCUCAGGUCCGUGAGAGCCAUUUCAUUUUUCUUGAGUGUUUGUUACACUUUAAAGUGAGCCUUUUCCGACCAUUUUCUCCUUCUUUUCCCUCCAGAAUAUGCGGUUCUUUACUUUAUUGAACAUCAUUGUUUUUGUUUUUUAUUUAUUUAUUUUACCUCACUUCUUCAAUUUUCUGGAAAAGACGAUCUCUUUCUUAAGUUCUAGUAAUUUUGGUGUAUUUAUCAGUCCAGAAUCUGUAAUUUUAGCUCAAUUUCCUGUUUUUGUUUGUUUGUGUAGAUAACAGCUUGAAUUUGGCCCUCCAAGUGUGGUCCUUGCUUUGAAGCUUAAAUUCUCUACUGUGUGUUUUGGAGUGAGCUAGUCAGAAAUGCCACUCGAGGUUAAGUCUGCAUUGACAUAUGGCCUCAAAUUCAUGUUUCCUUUUACAUGAGUGUUCUUUCAUACUACGUACCUUUUUACUAAACUUCUUAUCAUAAUAAAGCUGACGAAAAAGACCUCUAUUGUUCUUUACACAUUCAUUAAUAAGAACAAAUCUUCAAUGGUUUAGAUGCUAGACUAAUAUGGUAAGUUUGCAACUCCCCCGUGAAAUUAGUUAAUAGACCAUAGUGAACUGUGAAGGACAAUUAUUAUUAUUAUACAAUGUGGCAAUUGGAAUAAACGAAUUUAGACUAGAGAAUCUAAUCCUCUCGCAGGUAGUUUUCAGGAAGUGUAAGUAAAUAAAUACGAGUACCAUAUACGCCUCGCACUUAAUCCUUCUUUCCGCUUAUGUGCAUAUGUCCAUUGUAAUAUGUUUAGUGGUUUGUUCAAAAAAGAGUAACUCAAAGUUUCUGUGCUUUUUCUUGGGGGUGCGGGGAUUUAGGAAGCAAGAGGAAAAAUGCCGUUUGCCAACGACGCACCACCAGGAAGUUACUGUCCAACUGAUCUUAAUGGAGGCAUCCGUGGGUAUUCAUGGGCAGCAGCAGCAAACAAUGAUAUCUUACGGAAUAGUGGACCCCAUUUCAGUGCUUCAUUGCAUCCGGCUCCCUUGAACCAUGAUCGGGUUCCUACUGCAAAGGAAAUUUGUAGACAGACGAUGUUACAGCAGGAGUCCAUAUUCAAACAUCAGGUCUAUGAACUUCACCGGGUUUACAAAAGGCAAAAGGAGUUGAUGGAGGAAGCCAGAAAGAGAGAACACUUUGGGAAUAGUUUAAAACUAUCUCUUGAAUCAGAACCAGUGCCAGAAACCUCUAUGGGCAUGCACUGGCUUUCAAGGAAUCUUUCGGGGGCUGGUCCCUCAAUGCUAGCUUUUGGAGAACCUCCAAGGUUUACUACAGCUUCUGGGGAUGAGCAGCGGCCAUCUAAUGUCAAGCAUGCAAUUACAGAGGUGCAGCAGCAUGUAGAUGAAGAGAAGCUUGAGUCCUCCUCUUACCAUGGAAAAGGCUCUUCUUUUUCAAGUUGCAGAAAGAUGGACGUCUUGUUCGACUUGAAUGAGCCUCCUGCUGAGCUAGAUGAUGAACCAGAAUUCCCAGCUUCCUCUAGUCAACAUGAUCUCAUGAAUAGGAAUGAAGAUCCUUCUGAAAAGGAAAAAUCAAAUGCAGACUGUAUCGGCUCAAGUAAAAAAACAUCGCCCGAUAUUACUGUUGGAGAAAGCCAUACUGAUUCUUGCAUCAUUAGUUCGUCUUCUGAGAAAAAUGCGGAAAAUGGGCUGCUACCGUGCAAGUCUCGUGCUGUGAAACAUGGACGCCACCUGAAAACUUAUGCCAAAGCUUCCUGUUGUUUGACACCCAGAAAGCCACAAAAAGAAAGGUCAAUUUCUGAUUUGGAAAUGUCUGACAAGAAUGAAACUGUAGCCCGCAUUGAUGUUUCCCCAUCUGUUCAAGCACCUGAAGAUAAAGAGAAAGAACAUUUUAAAGCUCCACUUAGCCCAGAGAACCAGGAGUCUUGUCCACCUAGAAAUGAUUCACCCGAGGCCCGAUUGGACACAUCGACUGGCUUAUCAAACGAUGACAGGCUCGCUGCUGAUACACUGGUUUUGAUUAUGUCAUCUCGGGUGGAACGACCUAUUGGCUGCCUUGAUUGGUUUGCUGGAAUUGCAUCCACUUUAGCGAAGAGAUCAAUGUGGGUGAAACCGGAGGGGCGGGCCAAUGAUGGAGGGAGGAGAAGAGCUAAGAGCAGCAACCAUGGGCAAGGGAUGAAAAGUUCAAAAGGUUUGAAGCAGCAGCAGCAGCCUGGUUGUAAGAAGCACAUGUGGUGUUUUAAAGAAGUAUGGGGAAGGAAAAAGAAGCGAACACCUCGAUAUGCCAUAAGAAGGAUUGUCCCCCUUUCACCUUAGUUGGUUGGUUAAAAUAGUAUAGCAAAUAUAGCUGAUUGCUUAUAUAGCUGAUUGCCUGCCUCAAAUGGCUAUGUAACUAACUAGGUGAAGGGUUUACCACUGGUUCUCAGAUGGGUUUGUAGACAGGAUAGAACAGUGAAGCUUCUUUGCUCCCAAAUAUUAUUGUAAAACUAGGUCUGCCUUGCUGUGUGCAUACAUUGUGCAGGGGUUGUGCAGUAAUAUAUUUCUUGUUUUAUCA